AUGGAUGUAGCAGAGCUGACAGAAGCCUUCAAGGGCCAAGCCGCUCAUCCCAACCAUGCGUUGCUAAUGCAACGUGUCCAAGAGCUCAUGGGUCAAGGAAUCGACGUCUCGACAUUCUUUGCCACCAUGGUCUCGUCGGCAUCAACGCGUGAUAUCGCCAUCAAAAAGAUCGCGUACGCGUUCCUGGCAAGAUAUGGACACACCAACGAAGAACUCUGCUUCCUGGGCAUCAAUACUCUCCACCAAGACUGUGUCGAUCUGGACCCUACUGUUCGAGCACUCGCCCUUCGUACACUCUGUUCCCUCGGCCAGAGGAGCGUGAUGCGGUUCAUGCUUCAACCUCUCAACAAGGGCUUUCAGGACAAGAACGCAAACGUCAGGAAAACUGCCGUCAUGGCGUGUAUCUCACUCUUUGAGCUCGACCCCGCCUUUUUCCUCGGCAACGAGAUUGUGGACAAGUUGUAUGGUCUGUUGAGCGACAAGGACACUCAGGUGGUCGUCAAUGCGAUCCUGGCACUGGAAACCAUCUUGGUCGAUGAGGGUGGGGUUGUAGUCAACCGUGCUAUUGCACAGCAUUUGAUCCGCAGGUACAAGGAUUGGACUCCUGGACAGUUGCAGGUUGUCUUGGGAGUGCUCUGUAGAUACAAGCCAGAGAUUGAUGAUGAGAUUUACGAGAUCAUGAAUGAUGUAGACGAUGGGCUUCAACACGCGUCGUUGGCGGUUCAGAUGGCGACCCUGCGGUUAUUUAUCUGGUUGUGUCAGGAUCUGGCAGAGAUUGACGAGGAUGUUCAGACGACCAUUGAAGAGACUCUACUCAAGCAUUUGGAAUAUCCCCACCCCGACCUUGUCUUUGCUUCACUGCACCAUCUGGUAUUGAUCCUGGAGAAGUCGGGAAGACUGCGUCAUAGUAGUCCUCAGCACUUAUCGGUGAUCCUCCUCAAUCCGAAUGAUCCGAUUGUCAUCAAGCUAAAGAAACUAGAGCUAUGCACAAUCGUCGCCCAAUUCUCGCUCCUCCCCGUGACAACCUUUAUCCUGGACCACUUGUGCCUCGUCGCGUCUAUGAAGGAGAUGGCACAGUUCCAACAGUCAAGUCGAACCAAACUGGAUCGACAGUACAUCUCUGCACAAUUGGAAGUCGUCUGUGCAGCUAUCGAGUCUAUUGGUGCCAUCGGGUUAAAUUAUGGAUCUCGUCAACGUCACGACAAUGGUGCAACUGGCACUGGAGAAUCGGAAGGUGGCCCUGCGAACGAAUCAGCGACACCUUUUACUCAGGAUGGGAUUGAGAAGACGAGGAAAACUGUCAACAAAACGUGUCUUGACCGCCUAUACCAGCUGUUGGUCUUGAUUUCUGACCUAGGCAAUGAGACGGAACGGCAAAAGGGCAACAGGGGUUCCUCGACCUGGAAUCAUCAAAAUCUGGCAGGAUUGAACUUGGACGAGUCGCAGGUGGCCAUGAUCCAAUCCACCCUCAUCCUGUCCAUUGAAGGAUGCUGGCAACGAAACUACGAGUCAAUGCGGCAUCAAGGUGACCUGCCACAGGGCAGAGACGAAUACCACGGAAUCAUGGAUGCCUCCCAGGUCAGGAUCCUCGGUCUACUCUUACUCCGACAUCUUGACCAAGAUGAACUGGAUCGUAUGGCCAAACGGUGGAAGCCGCUCCGAUACCGCUACGAUACCACCGACGGCGGUGUUUCUCCAUCAGCAAGCUCGAGUGCUGUCGAUCUCCACCAGCAUCAGCAGCAGAGGGCGCAAAGUUUUCCGGGCGACAUCUCUCGGCUUGCGAGGAUCAGUGGUCUACGAAUGCUGUUGCUUGAAGAAUCGAUCCAACAUUACCAUAUCAUGAAACCUCUUAGCACCAAACAUUCCACAAAAACAACCGACACUCUCGUCGUAGCAUCCCCUGUGGAGGAUGACGACUCUGGUUUGUCGGCGGCAGCAAAGGCGGCGAUUGAAAAGCGUUUGCCAUACGUUGAGCUUUUACAACAGCAGGUUCAGGAUAUGGUCCAAUCGAUCGACACGGUCCCUUACUCGUCUACUGCCACAGGACCUUCGGACAGCUCCAUCAGGGCUACAAGAGACGAGCAGCUGGCUAUCCUUCAUUUAGCCUGUCACCUCGUAGCCUUCUCGAUCGAACAUCAGGACGCGUCACAGGUUGACCAAACCCACCUUGUCCAGAGACUUGCCAUCCUGGCCCAGGCGGUCGGUCGACUCACGAUGAGUGAAGAGCGAACCCAGCGACCCCCUCGGCAACCUGUGACAGAUGGAGGAGACCUACUCACUCUCGACACAGAUGCGGUACCUCCUGGAAAAGAUACUACCAAUACCGACGUGGACAAUGUGAGAAGCAAGGUGUCGCGAGAUGUGGUUGACCAGGCCCAGUUGAUCCACAGCCUCUUCCUUCGCCCACUUCUUGAUGCGACAUCAGCAUCCACAACUACCGAGCUUCCUCCUCUCCUAGCAUCAACACAAUCGUUCGACUCGCCAUUUUUCAAGACCGAAAAGUACCGUCAACUCGUCCACCGGAAACUCGUGGACCAGUUCGGUGUACGACCCAAGUCUACAACAACAACACCGUCAACAGAUCAGGACCAAACCACACCACCUAUCGACGUGACACGUCUACUGCAUCAAGACUGGCACUUCCAAAUCGGUUUCAAUACUCUGGCAGCUUUACGAUAA